AUGUUUAAUAAAGACCCUCCGUACAAACGGAAGGCGUUUGCUUCUCUAAACAAUCUGCGAUUUCGAAGCAAAAAGCUCAGACAGCUUAGGCCCUCGGACAAUCUGCAGAAGCAGCCCGCUACAAAGAUCGCCAUACCACGCAGCAUAGAUAUAGACACGAGGGAGCAGCCUGCGCCUGAAAAGGAGGACGAAGGUGUGCAUGUGGCUGUACGACGCGUGAAGCUUUUCAAAUCGGCCGCAAAAAGCCCCAGCACCGUGUCGGAUCAGAUCUGGCUCAACUGUCAAAAUCACCGUCUGACUAUAUACAGUUUGCAACACACCAGCGAUGUGUAUGUUUCCGUGCCGUUUCCGGACGUCAGAUUUGUGGAUAUCUGCUCGAACCCGGAUAGCUCAUUUCAUUUCGUUGUCACUCUCAGAUCAAGCAUCACUGGAACGCUUCGCAACGAAAGCGUACGGAUAGACAAGUUAUGGGUGUUUCUCAGUUUGAGCGACCGGGAAUCGUACAACAAGCUCGUGCGUGACUUUGAGGACCAGGUGGUAUGUAAUUAUCUCACAGCAUCGGACAUGAACAACUACUAUUUGAAGAGCGAGCCAGAUAGAGAACCCAAAAUUGGCAGCAACCACCAAACACAGCUUCCUGUGACUCCUCCCGCAAAGUUCUACGGGACAGCGAAAACUUUCAGCUCAGACCUGGAGCCGGGCAAUAUUCUCAACACGACUCGCACACGCUCAUUGCGUUUAUCUCUGACAGACAGCAUAGACGAUCCUUUCGAGUACCGUGCAGAAAUCCAAGACGAAGACAUCUCGCGCGACGAGCAGAUUGUGUUUGAUCCGCCCCUAAAAUAUAGGUUUGCAUCCAAAAAGUCUAUCAUCGUGUCCAACAAAGACUUCAACUCGUUAUACAACGGGAAUUGGGUGAACGACUCGAUUGUGGAUUUUUUCCUCCAGUACAAUCUGCAACAGGCAAGAGAAGCAGGCUCUCUGGGCAGUGCGCGAGUGGAGCUGUUCAAUUCUUUUUUCUAUACCAAAUUGACGAUGUCCAAUCCCGAUAACGACUACUACUCCAACGUCAAGACGUGGUUCAAGUCUAAUGACAGUCUAUUUGAUAACGAUUACAUUGUGAUCCCCAUAAUGACAGAUUUGCACUGGUUUUUUGUUGUCAUUACGAACCUGCCUCGUCUUCGCAGAUACAAUGAGAUCAACGAGCCUGAGCCUAUGGACGGGCUGCUGAUCAAUAAAAAAAAGCCACUGGCAAGCAUAUUUGUUCUGGACUCUCUCCAGAAAGCACAUCCCAACAUCGCAGUACCAAUAAAGAGUUUUCUGGUAGAGUAUGCCAAAGACAAAUACGACCUAGACGUCCCCAUAGGGCAGAUUCGCAAGUACAGUUGCAACAUUCCACAGCAAAAGAACUUCAACGACUGUGGACUGCAUGUCAUCUAUAAUUGCAAAAAAUUCUUUGAUAGUCCAGAGGAGUUCAAGGCCAUGAUCCUCACAGAGCACCGCCGCAAAAAGUCCACAACCUCACUCUCUACCAAGCUAUUUGAUGAUGAAGAGCGUAAAGUCAUUAGGAUGCAGCUACGUGAGGUUUUGCUUAAGCUCCUGAAGGAGCAAGUUGAAGCCGACGGUGGAGACAGCUCUGCCGUUGGUACCGAAACCUACGGAACACUACGAGCCAAAGGCAUCAGGGAGCCUUCGGCGGAGGCGGAAAAGCAUAGUGCUGAUGAAGCCCCAGAUGACGAGAUAAUGAUUGUUGAUGAAAUUACUAACGAGAUGGCUCCGAAUAUAGAGCAGCAGACUGCAUGCGUGGCAUCAUCCCAGCAACGGAAUAUAUCGUUGUCAUCUGAGGACCCAGAAACAGAGAUCAAGACACAGUCGCCACAAUCCUCCCAGGUCAGAGAAAUUCACAGCGAAAGGCUGGACGAUUCUCAAAGCACACAACCAAAAGAGCAAGAAAUUAUCACAUCCGACACGCAGUCCAGCGACAAACUACAAGAUCAAAAGGUGUCCAUGAUUUUGGAGGACAAUGGGUCUUUGAAGGAAAUAAUUGAGUUUUCUGAUGGAAAAAGAAGCGAAAGGAAGGGAGAACCGACAAGUCUGGGCCAUCAGUCUGGGGUUACGGUAGCAAACACCUCUGAGGAGCCGGUAGCCACUGGUGAGGCUUCCAACCCUGAUGAAGACAGAGUUCUUUUUGUUCGUAACCCCAAGAGCUCGAUCAAGUUUGCUGGCAGGACUUAUCACACGCAAAGAGCGAGGAAAAGGAGAUAG